GCACGCGCACACUACUUGAACAAGCCCCGUGGCCGAGUUUUCAAUCUGGGGCUAUGGGCCGCAAGAAGGCUGCGCGCGGUUCCAGGACCGAGAGCGGUCGUGUUCGGCGUCCCCCCGGCCGCCCUCUGGAUGCUUUCGCCGAGGAGGUGGGCACUGCGCUGCGCGAAUCGGUGCAGCCUGAGACGGCCCAGGGCCAGGAUGGCCCGGGCCCUGCGGCGCUGCCUUGUGCCCUGGCUAUGUGGGAGCUUGGCCACUGCGAUCCCCGGCGCUGCACCGGCCGUAAACUGGCCCGCCUGGGUCUAGUACGGUGCCUGCGCCUGGGCCAAAGAUUUGGCGGUCUGGUGCUCAGCCCCGUAGGCACUCAGUACGUGUCUCCUGCAGACAGACAGCUGGUGGCACAGUCAGGGAUCGCUGUCAUAGACUGCUCCUGGGCCAGACUGGAUGAGACACCCUUUGGGAAGAUGCGAGGGAGCCAUUUGCGGCUCCUGCCUUACCUCCUGGCUGCCAAUCCUGUAAACUAUGGCCGACCCUGCAGACUUUCCUGCGUGGAAGCUUUUGCUGCGGCUUUCUGCAUUGUAGGCUUUUCAGACCUUGCUGCCGUUUUGCUUCAGAAGUUUAAGUGGGGCAAGGGCUUCCUGGACCUGAACCGACAGCUCUUGGAGAAGUAUGCAGCCUGCCGUGGCCCAGAGGAGGUGCUGCAGGCCGAACAGGGGUACUUGGCUAGCACCAAGGACACCCCUGAGGAGGAGGAGAUUGAUCCCUUUGAUGUGGACUCCGGGCGAGAGUUUGCAAACCUCAACAGGCCUGUGGCCAGCACCUGGCCAACCGUGGACGUGGAUGACACUGAUGAGUCUGAAGGCCACAGUGAGGGCUCUGGGGAGGACAGUGAGUGUGAAGAGCAAGAAGCUGGGGCUCAUGGAGGAGACAGCAGCUGCUCUACAGAGGCAGAGACAGGACAAGAGGCUCAGGCCAAAGACUCCACUGGACUCUGGAAAGAAGUCAAGAGACAGCAGAGAGACUGAAGUUUGCAAACACAUACAUUAUUGAAGCUGGUGUGCAUCAGUCCAGAGGUGGCAGUGGGACCAGGGAAUGGACAUGCCUGGUGGACAGUUCUGCAAUUCUGUGACAGUCUUGUUUGGAGUCCUGCCUUAGAGCUCUGGAUAAAGUCAAGAAGGACAACCCCCA